UCAUGUCAUACGUCGUUUCUAAUGCGUGCGGAGUAGGUCACGACCAUGGGUGUACUCUCACUUCUCUCGUAAAAUAGAAGUUAAACAAAAACUGUCAUUAUAAAGUCCCGUGUUAGUUUUAACCGACAGCAUGGGGAAACGAGAUAAAGGAGAUCGAGAGCGCAAGUCCAAGAAACGGUACCAUGAUGAGGAGGACGAUGAGGAAGAGGCAUCGACUGCAGGUGACACGCAGGAAGCCAUCCCUGCCGCGGCCGGGAAACAGGUGGACGAGGCCGCUGUCCAACAGGAUGAGUAUGGCGCCAAAGACUACAGACUUCAGAUGCACCUGAAGAAUGACUAUGGAUCACGUCCUCUCUGGGUGGCCCCGGAUGGACACAUCUUUCUUGAGGCUUUCUCUCCAGUCUACAAGUAUGCCCAGGACUUCCUGGUGGCCAUAGCUGAGCCCGUGUGCAGGCCGAUCCACUUACACGAGUACAAGCUGACUGCAUACUCGCUCUACGCUGCCGUUAGUGUGGGCCUACAGACCUCCGACAUCAUCGAAUACCUGGAGAAGCUCAGCAAGACGUCAGUGCCUGAUGGCAUAGUGCAGUUCAUCAAGCUUUGUACAGUGAGCUACGGCAAAGUCAAGCUGGUCCUGAAACACAACAGAUACUUUGUGGAGAGUGCCUUCCCUGAGGUGAUCCAGAGGCUGCUGCAGGAUGCAGUGGUCAAAGACUGCCGUCUGCGCACCACUGAUGGGGACGAGACUGAACUCAUCACAGAGGUCAUCUCCAGCAAAUCUGCGAUCGCCAAGUCGGUGGCGGAUAACGGGGCGUCGUCCACCUCUCAGGCCGGCGAGGCUGCGCCCUCUGUGCCAGAGGACAUCUUUAGCUACUACGAGCAGAUGGACAAGGACGAGGAGGAGGAGGAGGAGACGCAGACCGUGUCCUUCGAGAUCCGCCAGGAGAUGAUCGAGGAGCUUCAGAAGCGCUGCAUCCAGCUGGAGUACCCCCUCCUGGCGGAGUACGACUUCCGCAACGAUACGGUCAACCCCGACAUCAACAUGGACCUGAAGCCUACGGCCGUGCUAAGACCCUACCAGGAGAAGAGCCUCCGCAAAAUGUUCGGCAACGGGCGCGCCCGCUCCGGUGUCAUCGUCCUGCCCUGCGGAGCGGGUAAGUCUCUGGUCGGCGUGACCGCGGCGUGCACCGUGCGUAAACGUUGCCUGGUGCUGGGGAACUCGUCCGUGUCGGUGGAGCAGUGGAAAGCCCAGUUCAAGAUGUGGUCGACCAUCGACGACUCGCAGAUCUGCCGCUUCACGUCCGACGCCAAGGACAAGCCCAUCGGCUGCUCGGUGGCCAUCAGCACCUACUCCAUGCUGGGCCACACCACCAAGCGAUCCUGGGAAGCCGAGAGGGUCAUGGAGUGGAUGAAGAGCCAGGAGUGGGGUCUCAUCAUCCUCGACGAGGUGCACACCAUCCCUGCGAGGAUGUUCCGCCGUGUUCUGACCAUCGUGCAGGCCCACUGCAAGCUGGGCCUGACGGCAACGUUGGUCCGAGAGGACGACAAGAUCGUGGACCUGAACUUCCUCAUCGGGCCCAAACUCUUUGAGGCGAACUGGAUGGAGCUGCAGAAUAACGGAUAUAUCGCCAAGGUCCAAUGUGCUGAGGUGUGGUGCCCGAUGUCUCCUGAGUUCUACCGGGAGUACGUGGCCAUCAAGACGAAGAAGCGCAUCCUCCUCUACACCAUGAACCCCAACAAGUUCCGCGCCUGCCAGUUCCUCAUUCGCUUCCACGAGCGCCGCAACGACAAGAUCAUUGUUUUCGCCGACAACGUGUUCGCGCUCAAGGAAUACGCCAUUCGCCUUAACAAACCUUACAUCUAUGGACCCACGUCGCAAGGGGAGCGCAUGCAGAUUCUACAGAACUUCAAACACAAUCCCAAGAUCAACACCAUCUUUAUCUCCAAGGUGGGUGACACCUCCUUUGACUUGCCCGAAGCGAAUGUUCUCAUCCAGAUCUCGUCUCACGGCGGCUCCCGGAGACAGGAAGCGCAGAGACUCGGCAGAGUCCUCCGUGCCAAGAAGGGGAUGGUGGCUGAGGAGUACAACGCCUACUUCUACUCACUGGUGUCCCAGGACACUCAGGAGAUGGCUUACUCCACCAAGAGACAGCGCUUCCUCGUCGACCAGGGCUACAGCUUCAAGGUGAUCACUAAGAUGGCGGGCAUGGAGGAGGAGGAGCUGAUGUUCUCCACGCGUGACGAGCAGCAGCUGCUCCUGCAGAAGGUCAUCGCCGCCUCCGACCUGGACGCUGAGGACGAGGUGGUCAGCGGAGAGAUGGGCAUCGGGAGGCCUCAGUUCUCGCGGCGGCCAGGUAUGAUGAGCUCCAUGUCUGGGGCAGAUGACGCCGUCUACAUGGAGUACCACUCUGGCAGGGGCAGCAGAGCUGCAGCUGCAGGGAAACACCUGCACCCUCUCUUCAAGCGCUUCCGGCACAAGUAGCCCCUCAGAACCCGCAAACUGCCCCAUGCAUGUCCCCAAGGGGGUGAAGAUAGACCCUCCCUGUUCCAGGCCUAUACACCCCCUCACACACACACACACACACACACACACACACACACACACACACACACACACACACACCCAUGGCUUCACAGGUGGUGCAGAGGAAAGGGCUGAAGGGGAAUUACCUGACACAAGGAACCCGAGUUUGUUUGAAUGCGAAGGCGACAGGUGAACUCACCUGUGUGUAGAGACUCCGAUCAGACAGGAGCGCUGGCCUCACCUCGGCCUCCCCUAGAGGAUGUUUAUCAUUGUGAAGAGACUUUUCAUUGCAUAUUGUUUGCUGAGUCAUAAGGUCUCCUUUUUUGCAAACAUUUUCGUUUUGUUAUUAAAUGAUUUGUGUGUGUUUAUGUUGGGAGAAUGCUGAACAUGAACAUGCUAAACAUAUUCUGUUGUGUUUUCUUUGGCAUUACAUUUCAUUCCAGUAAUUCAGUUAUUCACUGCAGUAAUUUACAGCAUUGAAAUGGAGUAAUAAAAAGAUUAAUAAAUAAAAGUAUUUUUGUCACAGUC